UGACAUGACAUUCGUAUUUUUUUUAUCCUAUUGUUGUGAAAUGGUGAUUGCUUAUCAGUUGAUCUUUAGAGAAUUUAGAAGAAAAUCGAUAAUUACGGUGGUUUUUAAUAUCAGAAACAGGUUGCUAGCAUAAUAUGGACCAAGAAAUAGAACAAAUCUUCAUAAAGCCAGACAUUGCUCAUUUGAAAGUGGAAGUUGAUUGUGAACAGGAAUGCAGUGGAAACCCAUAUCAGCCUCCGGAACAUGUGUUCAACAUUAAGAGCGGAGACGGAAGUAUUCUACCUUAUGUAGACACUACCAAUGAAAGUCCUAAAACAAACAUAGAGAUUGUUGGUAAAGUAUAUGAGAAUGGAAAAAUAAACAGAUUACAGUGCCCACAAUGUGAUAAUACUUUCAAAAAUAGAGCCAACUUGAAGCAACAUCUCAAGUUUGUGCAUUCGUCAGAAGAUGACAUUGUGGAAUGUGAUAAAUGUUAUAGGACUUUCAAGUCUGUCGGUCAUUUACGCUCACACAUUCACUCUGUUCACGCUGAAGAAAAAGAAGUCAGCUGUGAACAUUGCGGUAAAGUGUUCUCAAACAAGAAACGUCUAAACAAUCAUAUUUUCUAUUCCCAUCCGGAACCAGAAGAAAGCGUCAAUUGCAGUGUCUGCUCUAAAUCUUUUAAGCGUAGAUACAAUUUGAAAAUACAUAUGAGACUUGUCCAUCCAUCAGAAGACAGAUCCGUGCAAUGCCCACAUUGUGACAAGAAGUUUAAAGUAGAUAUGUUGCUACAGAGACAUAUAAAGUGGAGUCACCCGCAAGACGGAAUGAUGUACCGCUGCCCAGAAUGCGGAAGAACAUUACCAUCUAUCGCUUGCUUUAGAAAACACAUGCAGAAUGUACAUUCCGGCUCCCAAGAUGCUGUUUGCAAAAUCUGCUGUAAAGUUUUCAAAACAGUCAAGACUCUAAACAGACAUGAAAGAAAUAUUCACGGAGGAGCGAAAGUUGAAGCUAAACCGUGCAAAGUAGGAGACAUACCAUGUUCACAGUGUGACAAAAAAUUCACGACAAAUACAGCUUUAUAUUGGCAUUUCGAGAGACAUCAUUCAGAGAAUAAAAGAAGUAAUACUUGCCAGAUUUGUAACAAAGAGUUAUCCGAUCAAGGGAGCUUGAAAAGACAUCUAGAAAUGGUGCAUUCCUUUGAUCCUGUCAACUGUCCUAUAUGCUCAAAAACUUUUAAAAGUCAUAUGAAUUUACAGAGGCAUAUUAGAGUCACCCAUGCCCCGCCAGAAGCGGCCCAGAAGUGCGACAUUUGCAACAAAACUUUCAAAUGCUCUAUGCAUUUACGGAUACAUAUAAACGCCGUACACUCUACAGAAGGCAUAUUCACCUGUGAUAUUUGCAAUAAAGAAUUUGCAUCAAAGAAAUAUAUGUUGAAACAUAAGAAAACUCAUGUAGACGUGAAACUGUUUCCAUGUGGAGUUUGUAGCAAGAUGUUUAAGUGUGUUAAUGAUGUUAAAAAGCAUACAAAACGGGUGCAUAUGAAGACACCAGUGAAAACAGAAAUUGUAGAAAGCCAAGAUGAUAUAGAAGCUAAUACGGAAACACUGAAUUGUUCGAAAUGUGGUGGUGAUUUUGAGAAUGAAACAGAGUUACAUUCGCAUAUUAUGAACUGUGGCGAGCUCCCAGCGCUUGCGUUUGUGAAGGUUGAAUUGCAAGAUUUGUAG